AAAUUUAUAUUUUUAAACGCAAUGCAAAUUUUGUGACUACAAAAAAUCCGUCACACACUUAACAAUAUAAAAAUGAAUCUCAUACAAAUAAUGGUGAUGUGAAACUAAUGGAAAUGCUUGACAAAUGCUGCAUCGAUAGUGUCAGUUUGCCAGCUCUAUUGUAAACAGAAAUAAAUACAAAAAAAAGGGAAAACAAGGAAUAAUGGUGGAACAAGUUUGCCGCGCUUGUCGUGAGAGUGCCAUCGCCAUGGUGUACAUUUUCGACGAACGCUACCAGCAGCAAAAGGAUGAACCCAGUCUCGCCGAGAUGCUUAGUGAAUUGGCCGCCUGCGAGGUGAAACGCAACGAUCCAUUGCCGCAGCAAAUGUGUCUCGCCUGCGUUUUGGCUGCACAAAAUGCAUUUCGCUUCAAGCGCAAGUGCGAACAGAGUCACCAACACUUUUGGCACCAGCUCAGUGGGAGCAGUCAAACGGUUAAGCUCGAGGACAGUUGGCAGGACAAAAUGUCGCAACUACAACUGAAUAUUGCCGAAAACUAUACGGCAGCUAAUGAUGAGCUGGUCUCGCAUAUUAAGGCUGAAGCUGCACGAGAUUCACAUAUUUGCCCCACAUGUGGCAAAGUAUUUGAGACAAGGCGUCAACUGAUGUUGCAUCAGAGCUUUCAUGAUCGCAAGCAGAGCAGCAAUAGUACGGGAGCAGCAGGGGGAGCAGUGUUUCAGUGUCCCCACUGUGAGAAGAGUUUCAAUGGUAAUUGGUGGUUGCAGCGCCAUCUUCGCACACACACAGGCGAACGUCCUUACAAGUGUUCCCAUUGCGAAAAAGCAUUCAAGGACAGUUGGAGCCUGCGUCGUCAUCUGCGCACACAUCUUAGCGAGUGCAGUUACAAGUGCUUGUAUUGUCCCAAGACAUUUAACAAUGCCAACAGUCAAAGGAUUCACAUUUGCACACACACUGGCGAUUAUCCCUACAAGUGCAAUCAGUGCCAAUCGUCCUAUGCUCAGCCGGGCAGCCUAAAACGUCAUAUGCGCAUUCACACCGAUGAGGGAUCCUUCAAGUGUCCCCACUGUCCACAAGUGUUUGCAGUCAACUAUAAUUUGAAGCGUCACAUGAGCACCCACAUCACAUAGGGAACAGUUUGUCUAGUGGGAACAGUUAGCCAAGGUGACCAAAAUUCUUAAAUUGCUAAAGUUGUGUGAGAACAGCUCGGCAGCCAAUAUGGGGAGAAGAGCAACUGUCUCAGCUGAGAAUAAAAUUCCAAUUGAAACUGGCAUAAAAUACCUUUAAAAGGCAAUUAGUUUAAGCUCUCAUUUUAUAAAUGAUCAACUAACAAUAAUAAUUGUAAUAAUCUACUAUAUUCAUGUAUAUAUAUAGUAUUUAUCAAUCCA